AGUAAUUGUUUUAUCAUCUACAUUGUUUUUUUAAUCCUAUAACUCAAUUUUUCGUGUCAAAUCAAAUAUGGAGAGUACUAUUUAUAGUAUUACCCAACACAUUCCCUUCACCAAACAAAAGAAAGAAACUCUGUAAUUCCAACUAAGAACAGGGACAUGCUGAAAAUCAAGAAAACACACUCCGCCACCGCCGCCGCCGUGAAAAGAACUUUUCCACCGGCAGAAACCAACGGCAGCCGCGGUUCCGGAGCGGCAGCGCGGGAGCUCCGACCCGGUGGGAUGUUGGUGCAGAAAAGAAGCUGUGAUUGUAAUAAUCAAAGUAGUUCCCCAGGCUUCAAAGAUGGUUCAAAGCCGGCGUUAAUGGAGGAAGCGCCGGGGGUCGAAAGGCCGCAUUUCGAAGCUCGAAAACCGGCUAAAAUGGCGGUUCCGUCAAAGGAAAUCACAGCAAUCAGAGUGGAAAUAGAUAGACUUGCCAAACAGGUGGGAGAUGUUGAAAUGGAGGCUUAUGGUGGGAAGAAAGUGGGAGAAGGAGUUAUAAUGAACAUGAUUGAAUUACUAAUGAACCAGCUGUUGAAAUUAGAUGGCAUUUCUGCUGAGGGUGAUGACGUUAAGGUGCAGAGAAGAAUGCAGGUGAAGAGGGUGCAGAAGUACAUUCAAAAUCUUGAUCUCCUCAGGACUGGACACUCAACCCUUGAGAGCAAUAACAAUAAUACCGUCAAUACUCAUACGACAAUAUUCUUUUGAUACUCAUUUUGGAUGUCAUAUUAAGAAAUUGGAUUAUUUGAA